AUGGAAUGUCAAUUGACCGGAAUAUGGAUUCUACAAGAAUGUGGGGAGACGAGCUACAGCACCAGUGGCGUUUUCCAAUCUCCGAACUACCCCAGCAGCUACUCCAACAACCUCUACUGUGUCUACGGGAUCUACCCAUCUUACAACAUAGAACUGAGCAUUGACGAUUUGAUGUUAGAACAGAAUUAUGACAUCCUGAGGAUUUCAUACGAAGAUGUGUAUGGGUACCAACGGAAUGUGUCAUUUACCGGUGACAGUCGUGACACAAUAGUUGGCAGACAGUUUAAAAUGACCUUCACAACUGACGGAAGCAAUACUCGCCAAGGAUUCAGGCUGUCCUGGAGGAGAUAUGAUUCAUGGGGAUCAACGACGAAUGGAUACUAUCGUAAGAUAUUUCACAAACCUAUUCGUUUAUGAAGAAUGGCUAUAAUAAUUAAUUAUAGGGAAUGUCCU